AAAGCGGGGCGGUGAGUCCGGCCCGGGAAAGCUCGGCAGCGCUUCCCACCCGACGGGAACGCUGACGAGUUCCCGGAAAGGAUGACUGGGAUUGCCCGGGCCGCCCUCGGGCUCUCCUGGCCCCGAAAAUAGCCCGUGUGGCCGUCGGCGGUGAACAGGCAGGACCACGCCGUGUCGGGAGCGUGGAAACCAGGCGCGUAUUUAGGCCGCGCGGAUGAUUUUACCUGCACAGAAAAUCACUGAUGAGGUUGUGUCGGAAGGGACGUUUGGAGGUAUCCAGUCCCACCCCCCUCCCAGGCACGGUCACCUAGGGCAGGUUACACAGGAACGUGUCCAGGUGGGUGUUGAAUGUGUCCAGAGAGGGACGCUCCACCACCUUCCUGGGCAGCCUCCCACGGGCAAUACCCCCCCCUCCUCCCUCCCCUUCAUGGCUGCACUUCUUCAGAAAUAUUGAACGUUUCUGUUUCCUUGUAUUGGUGUUUUGGAGAGCGAAAUCACCGAAGUGGAUGUUUACAAACAUCGGCUGUUUUCAGAUCUUGGCUACUGAGAAAUAGCCAUGCUUCUGAGUGCUCCUUGGAGAAACAGGCCAAAGCAGAGGACAUCUGACAGCUGGAGCAGCUCAGUACUUUCUCUGUCCUAAACACAAGAGGAGGGCUGUAUGUCCAAAAUAUCCUUUUAUUGUUUGUCUAACCCAAAAUGCUCCAAGAGGAGCAGGAGUGUAGUCAGACACUUCCAGGUCAGGCCGCUUUUCCUUCUUGGAUUCUGGGCUGUAAACAAUGUGUAGGGCCCCUUGGCUGCUUUGUAAUUCCCAGGAAUUCAGUUCUUUGUAAAGGAAGAUGUUAAAUAUCUUAGUAAAGACCUAGGUAAUUUCCUUUUGGAUACUGUUGUUCCAGAUGAUUGUCAAAAGCUGGGAGAAGGGUUCCAUUCGUGUAUAGAAAGAGUGGAAUAGGAUUAUCUUCUCCAAACUGGUGCUUGUAAAAGACAGAAAGGUGUGCGUGGUCUGCAGUAAUGCGAGGUAGGAGAACAAAGGGAAAGAAAUGGGACAGUCUUAAAUGUUCAGCACCAAGAAGCUGUACAGACUGACCAGAAUGCACAGCCACGGUGCAUUUUUCAUGAUUUUCAGAAUACAGCUUUCUUUUCUUAGUUUUUCUACCCAGGAUUUGUUUCCCUGAUACUCAGGAGACCAGAGGCUGUGUGUACAGACAAUGUAGAGUGUGGAAGAUGCACUUUCUCUUGAGUCUUCCUUUUUCUGUUAAACAUCUAAAUUCACUUCAAGCUAUUUGACUAGAAAUAUGUUUCCCUUAUAGGAAGCGUGACUAUGAAGGGUUUCUGUGUUCUCUGCUGUUGCCUGCGGAAUCUCGAACCUCUGCUUUCGCCUUGAGAGCCUUCAAUGUGGAACUGGCUCAGGCAGAUUAAAGACUCCAUAACUCAGAAGACUACAGGUCUGAUGCGGAUGCAGUUCUGGAGGGAUGCUGUGGAGGACAUAUACGGCGAUAACCCACCACAUCAGCCCGUUGCUACAGAGCUGUGGAGGGCUGUCAAGAGGCAUAACUUGACUAAAAUGUGGUUCAUGAAGAUCAUAGAUGAAAGAGAGAAGAAUUUGGAUGAUAGGGCGUACCGUAACAUCCAGGAGCUCGAAACAUACGCUGAGAACACUCAGAGUGCUCUCUUGUACCUCACCUUGGAAACUCUGGGUGUGAGGGACAUCCAUGCUGACCAUGCAGCCAGUCACAUUGGGAAAGCACAAGGCAUAGUUACCUGUUUAAGAGCAACUCCGUAUCACUGUACAAGACAAAAGGUCUUUCUUCCCAUGGACGUUUGUAUGUUGCAUGGAGUUUCACAAGAAGAUUUCAUAAGAGGCAAGCAGGAGAAAAAUGUGAGAGAUGUAAUUUAUGACAUCGCCAGCCAGGCUCAUAUUCAUCUAGAACAUGCUAGAUCUUUAAGUAAGAAAGUUCCCGUGAAGGCGUAUCCUGCUUUUUUCUGUACGGUUGCUUUAGAUGAUUACUUAUAUAACAUGCGAAAAGUGGACUUCAAUGUAUUUCAUCCAAGCUUGCAAAAGAAGAGUACAUUAUUACCAUUGUAUUUGUAUAUUAGAUCUUGGAAAAAAACAUAUUAAAGUUUGUUUGGUUAUUUUAAUAUGGA